AUGUUUCUCAAGGUUAGACAGUUUCAGGAUGCUUAUAAUCGAAUUCUGAGGUAUUCUUCGUCGCAUUCGGCUUGUCAAUUGGUAAUUUUUGUAUCGUGUUUGAAUAUCGACGCACUGUGUGCCAGUAAAAUACUUGCCAAACUGUUCAAGAAGGAGCUGGUGCAGUUGCAGUUGGUGCCCGUAUUUGGUUACGCGGAGCUCAAAAAGUUCUACGAGAAGCUAGACGAUAAUAUCAAUAGCGUCAUCUUCGUAGGAUGCGGUGGAAUGAUAGACGUGGAGGAGUUUUUGGGUAUCGAAGAACAGGACGAAGAAAUUGAGGAUCCUACAAGACGUAAAAUCUACGUGCUAGAUACGCAUAGACCUUGGAACUUGUUCAACUUGUUCAGCUCACGUAUGGUUACCUGUUUUGACGACGGGACAGUAGAGGAAACGCUGCAUUCGCAAGAGGAGGCAUAUCUCAAACUGAUAGAACUUGAAAACCAGGAGGAUGCAGCUUUAGAAGACGACGAAGAUGAGGAAGAUAGCGAUGGACAGGAUACCGACGACGACAGCGGUAAUGCUACGGCGGACGAUGAUGAUAAUAACAGUAAUAAUAAUAAUAAUAAUCAUAAUGACGACGAUGACGACGACGACGAUGAUGAUAAUAAAGCUUCGAGAACUCCCAAACGGCCCAGCUCACACGGACAAGACUCCAGAAAGGAAAGAAAAACGCGAAAAAAGCUCAUGAAUCAAUACGAGGAGAUUAUCGAGGACUAUUAUGCCCAAGGUACCUCCGUGUCAAACUCAGUGUCCGCUCAGGUCUAUUCACUUUUGUCUGCACUCGGAGAAACAAGCAUAUCAUACCUGUGGUUAACAAUUCUGGGGGUUUCUUCUCUGGAUGCUGCCUACCCACGGAUCUAUAACCAAAUUUUGCCGCUCUUGCAAGACGAGGUUCGGCGUUUGUCGCCGCAUGAGACACAUAAGACGCCUGACACACUUUCGUUAGAGAUCCAGCCCGAUUACUAUCUAUUCAUGUUGCGGCACUCAUCGUUGUACGACAGUUUCCUCUACUCUAACUACGUCAAUGCCAAGCUUUCGCUUUGGAAUGAAAACGGCAAGAAAAAGCUACACAAGAUAUUCGCGCGCAUGGGCAUUUCGUUGUCCACGGCUCAAGAAAAUUGGUUGUAUAUGGAUAACAGCGUCAAAAGAGAGCUGGGGACUAUUUUUGAUAAAAGUCUGGAAAGGUACGGCCUUCAAGAAAUUGUACGUGAUGGAUUUGUGCGUACUUUUGGAUACCGUGGUGCUAUAAGUGCGAGCGAAUUCGCGGAGGCGAUAACAGCGCUACUUGAAGUUGGGCAAGAAGUCGAUGCCAAGGACACUACAAAACGUGAUGGUUCUGCUACAGAGCAGUCAAACACCGAUUUGGAAGAGGUCAUCACACGCAGAGAACGAAAAUGGGUCAGUAACUUCUGGCUGAGUUGGGAUGCAUUGGACGACAAUAUAGAAUUGAUGCGACGUGGUGUAAAACAUGCACAGUAUUUGCAACGUGCAAUCUUCAACACGGGGAUGGCCAUUUUAGAAAAACGGCUUAUCAAGAACCUGCGGUUAUAUCGAUUAUGUGUCUUGCAGGAUGGACCAGACUUGGAUUUGUACAGAAAUCCACUAACGUUGAUGCGAUUGGGGAACUGGAUUUUAGAGUGUUGCGCUGAAAACGAUGCUCGACAGUUAUUGCCUCUGGUUCUUGGCAGCUUUGACGCUUCAGCUGACGUAUAUUUGGUAGCCGGACUGGCACCUAGGUAUCCGAGAGGUAUCGAUAAUCUGGAAAGUCGCAAGCCGCUCUUGAAUAAUUUCAGCGUUGCAUUUCAGCGGAUAGCUACAGAGACUGGAGCCAAAGUAAGGAUAGACAAUUUUGAGAGUUCCAUCAUCGAAGUGCAGCGUGACGAUUUAUCGUCAUUUCUCGAAAGGUUGACUCUCAGUGGGCUUCUCUGA